AUGGUAGACGCCUCUGUCUUUCAAGAAGUUCCCCAAGCACCACCAGAUGCCAUCUUUCACUUGACUGCUACAUACAAGUCAGACACUGAUCCUAACAAGAUUAACAUUGGUGUUGGUGCUUUCCGUACCGACGACAUGAAACCCUAUGUACUCCCUGUUGUUAAGAAGGCCAAGACCAUCUUAUUCAAUGAUGAAAGUCUCGAUCAUGAAUAUCAACCCAUUGCCGGUCAACCCUCUUACACACACGCCGCUGCCAGAUUGAUUUUGGGUGAGGAUAGUCCUGCUAUUAAGGAAGGCCGCUUUGCUGCUGUUCAAACCAUUUCUGGUACUGGUGCUAAUCACACUGGUGCUCUUUUCCUUCAACAAUUCUACAAGAAGAGCAAGAAGUGCUACAUCUCCAACCCUACAUGGGCCAACCAUCGUAGUAUUUUCAGUUUGGUAGGAUUUGAGGUAGAGGAAUAUCCUUAUUGGAACCCUGAAACCCGUGGUUUAGACUAUGAAGGUUUAUUACAAUCAUUACGUGAUGCACCCGAAGGAUCCAUCUUUUUGCUCCAUCCUUGUGCUCAUAACCCCACCGGUGUUGAUCCUACACAUGACCAAUGGAAGGGUAUUGCUCAACUGAUGCGUGAGAAGAACCUUUUCCCCUUCUUUGAUUGUGCUUAUCAAGGUUUUGCUUCGGGCGAUUUGGACAAUGACGCAUGGGCUGUCCGUUAUUUUGUUGAACAAGGUUUUGAAUUGUUUGUUUGUCAAUCUUUCGCAAAGAACUUUGGUCUCUAUGGUGAACGUGCCGGUAACUUGACCAUUGUGGCAAAGACAUCUGAAGACGCCAAGCGUGUGUUUUCUCAAUUCGAAAAGCUUCAACGUUCCGAAAUCUCUAAUCCUCCUGCCUUUGGUGCACGUAUUGUUGAUAUUGUUUUGAAUGAUGAAGCUUUAUAUGCUGAGUGGAAGGAUAACUUGAAGUAUAUGUCUCAUCGUAUUAUUGAGAUGAGACAUGCUCUUUAUAACCAUCUUAUUGAGCUCAAGACCCCAGGUACUUGGAACCAUAUCACUGAUCAAAUUGGUAUGUUCUCUUUCACUGGUUUAAGCCCUCAACAGGUUCAAGUUCUCAAGGAGAAAUAUCAUAUUUACAUGACCGGUAAUGGUCGUAUCUCUAUGGCCGGUGUCUCCACUAAAAAUGUUGCUUAUUUGGCUAAAUCCAUCGACGACGUUGUUCGUAACGUUUAA